CUUAAGCACAUUGAGCUACAUAUCACGACCGUAACGUCUCUACGUAAACUGGUGUUGCGCAAACCAACCAAAAUGACGAAAGAAAGUGAACGCAAACGGCGUCAGUACGCCCGGCAUGGCAGUCUAGUCGGACGCCAUCGCCCCGACACUCGUUCCAUGACAGCCAAAAACGCGCGACUUUUAAAAUUCGAACGCCGAAUUUGAAAAAGUGUUUUGUUUUAUGAAGUGACACAGACUAAAAAAUUAACAGAUUGUAAAUAUGGAUUUACAAAGUGAGGCGAGUCAGGAAACGAGAAUUUUAAUUCCAAGACAUGUGAGUGCUGAGAAAGCACUUGUAGCAUCGAACAAUGCAGUGAAUACGUCGUUUUUGUGCCAUAGCUACAGUCUUCAACCUGAUUUCAGAACGUAUGUGGAAGCACUGCAAGUAUACGGCUGGGUGCUAUGGUCUUCCGCUCUACUAUGUGUGUGCUGUGUGUGCGCACUGUACGCGUUCAACUUGCGCUCCGCACUACGGCAUUGGCGCAGCGCAUUCUGCCAUGCCGCCGUGGUGCUAGCCGUGUAUCCUGUGGUAUCGCUGUCAGCAUUCUUCGCGCUAGUGGUACCACGGGCGCAGCUACUGUCAGAGGCGUUGUCACAGGAGGCUGUGAUGCUGGGCCUGUACCACUUCUACUGCAUUGUGGUUGCCGAAUGCGGCGGUCCGGAGCUGAUCGUUAGACGAUCUGAAGGCGCACAGCUCGAGACGCGAGUGCUGCCGUGCUGCUUCUGGCCUUGUUGCGUCAUCCCUCGGCCAAAACUGCAACCGAAGCAUUUCAAAUGGCUACAGUACCUGCUGCUGCAAGUGCCGAUCAUACAGGGCCUGAUCUACAUAACCAUACUGAUAUUCCGAUCUGAGGACCUUUCUAUCUAUCUGAAGAACUACAUGUAUUUCCAACCCCUGGUGGCAGCGUCCAUACUUUCUGGUAUUUGGGGCAUCAUGAUGUGUCUUCGAGCUGCUGAAGCUACGGGCGGCAGACCGAGGCCCCGCUUCCUGGCCCUACAGUUCGUGCUUAUCAUUGUGAAGGUUCAAUGCGGACUCGCCAAGAUCAUCCCAACGACAGCACACCUGCCUUGCCUAUUGCCGUUGAAUCCAACUGUGGUUUCUGAUUUAUUCCACAACACAAUCACGAUAUUAGAAAUGCUGCUGCUCUCCAUCUGGGCGUGGAGAUUGUACAAAGUGCCGCCAGGCAAGAUCUUAGAGAAGGAGAAUAUUAUUACCACCGAAUAGAAUUCCGCUCCUAAUGUUAAACACUUUUCCAGUUACAUUCUAAGAAGAGGUCUACUUGACCACUUAAUCCUUAGAAGUACCUAGGCUUUUGUUUGUGAAAUGGCAAAAAAAAAUUGUCAUGUAGCAUUCCAACUCUGAACCAAAGGCUUCGUAAUAAUUCUCCACCAAACUGUCCAAAGUCGGCUGUCAAUUUCAGCAUUGAACGAAUUCGCUGGGAGCAUUUUAGGCCUUCUGGUAAGAGAAAACCAGGCCUUCUUGAGAUUAGGCUUGGUCAAGACAGCGAGCGACUUAACUGAAAGUUCAAAAGUCGUACGAAGACCUCUAAGUCUAAUGAAGGAUAACUCACCUUACGCAAUAAUUUGCCCGACACAAACUACUGAAGUGUAUCUAGAGGUUUCUACAGGAGCCA